ACACUAUUUAAAGUGAAAUUCUGCUUCUUCUUCUUACCAAACUCGUUAUUUUUUGCAGUAAUAGUGAUUGAGGUGUGAUAAAGUUGGACACGGCACUAUUGAAAUGUCCUUUGUAAGGGAGUCUGCUGGUUAAAUAAGAAAGGAGAACUUGGACUGCCUUGGGAACAUUACUAUCGUAAGAAAGCUAUUAAGAAGAGGAUCAAUCUACUUCCGUAAGUCCCCAAACAUGGAUGAUGACAGUGGAACAGAGGAAUUGACUGCUGAGGAAGUUUUAUUGGCACAGCACCGUAAGGAAAAGAAGGAAUUACGGGCUAAGAUCCAGCAGAUAAAAAAGAAUAAUAAAGAUAAGAAAAAUAAGAAAGAAGGAGCUGAACAGAUAGCUCGAUUGGAAGAAGAAAUGACACAGCGGCAUGCGAAAGAACUUGAGGAACUGAAAAACUCGACUGAACAGGUGGAAGCUGUAACAAAUGGUGUAGCUGAAUUAGAUGUGGAGGAGAAUUGCAGUGAACAGCCCAAUGGUGCAGACGAAAAUGAAGAGGAUGCUGAGGAUCCUAACCAAGGAAGAAGAAUAACCAAGGCAGAGAAGCGACGUCAGAAGAAGGCCAAAGCAAAUCGCGAACGAGAAGCCAGAAUAAAGGAAGAGAGAUCUAAUCUCAAGUUUAGUGCUAGGAAUAUUGAGGCUGAGAAGAUGAAGAAAAUCCUACAAGAACGAUCAUUAAAAAUGCAUGAGAUCCAGCCUGAUGGCAAUUGCAUGUAUGCAGCCAUUGCUCAUCAAAUGGGAAAGGAUACCACGGUUGAGACACUAAGGUCACAGGCUGGCCAGUUCCUGCGAGGUAAUGCAGAAGAAUUUGCACCAUUUAUUACGGACCCUAAAACGGGUGACAUGUUGACAGCAGAGCAAUUUGAAGAAUAUUGCAAUCAGGUUGAAAACUCUCCUGCAUGGGGAGGUCAGCCAGAGUUGAGAGCUUUGUCCCAAGCAAUGAAGAGAAGAAUUGAAGUGUUGCAGGCUGAGGGAGCACCCAUUAUCUUUGGAGAAGAAUGUGAUAAGGACAGAUCCAUUCUCCUUGCAUACUAUCGUCACUACUAUGGAUUAGGAGAGCAUUAUAAUUCUGUUGCGAAGAUUGUUCUAGAAAAUGAAGAUCAAGAAGAACAAUGAGAAUAGCUUAUUCUUUUUUAUAUGAGUGAGUGUUGUCAGGGUUGAUAAACUAGAAUAUCUAUAGAUUAUAUUCGUUGUUUAUUAAGUUCAUGAAGUGACUUCGAAUUUGUUACUCCGUACUUCUGUUUUUGUGGUGCUUGGGUUGUCAGAAUGUGAAUAUGGUUCGCUUCAGGUAAAGGUAGUAAUGAAUGGAAUAGUUAACUGUAGAAAAGAUGAAAAUUAAUGGGAAAUGGGUUAUUUAUUAGAUUCUUGUGAUAUUCAGAUAUUUUAAAGGCUUAGUAGUAU